UGCACCGGAAGCGGAUUGUCUAGAAUGAAACGCAGUACAUUUCAAGUUCAUGUUGUCAAAAGUUUUCAUCCGAUGCUUUGUUUUCUGUAUUGAUCCACAUCACAUGCGCACAGUGCCAUAAUGGCACACCGAUAUCUGCAUCUGUCAAGAAGCUGCAGGAACCUUCUCCGCGCUCUGCUGCCAAAUGUCAGAUCAACAAACCGUGUGCAAGCGGUUCAGGGAGUUGGACAAAUUGUCCUAGACAGAAGAUCUUUGCUCUCCCAGGUCUUGGGCGCCUACAGAAGAUUAAGCUCCAAACCUCCCAAAGGAUUUGAAAAAUACUUCCCAAAUAGCAAGAAUGGUGUUCCAAAAAACAGUGAGCCUAAGCCAUCCAACGCAGAAGUCAAAGAGGCCAAACCAACCAAUGCUCAGAAGUCCACUGGUGGUGGUGGUGGAGGAGGAAAAAGAGGGGGGAGGAAGGAUGAAUCCACCUGGUACAGCCGUCUCCAAAAGGGUGAUGUUCCAUGGGAUGAUAAAGAGUUUCGUAUGUAUUUCCUGUUUGGAGCGGCCUUCUGGACAGCUGUCACAUAUUAUUUCUUCUUCCGAGAUGGAGGAAGAGAGGUGACCUGGAAAGACUUUGUAAAUGGUUACCUAACUAAAGGAGUGGUUGAUAGAUUGGAGGUUGUAAACAAGCGAUAUGUAAAAGUCAUCUUUACUCCUGGUAAAACUCCAGUUGGCGGGCAAUAUGUGUGGUUCAACAUUGGCAGCGUGGACACAUUUGAGCGGAACCUGGAGACUGCCCAGUUAGAACUUGGUAUUGAAGGAGAGAAUAGACUGCCAGUUGUCUAUGCCACAGAGAGUGAUGGGUCGUUCCUCCUUAGCAUGUUUCCCACCGUACUGAUCAUUGGGUUCUUGCUGUUCAUGCUGAGAAGAGGGCCAGCUGGGGCAGGGAGACCAGGGAGGGGCAUGGGUGGACUCUUCAGUGUCAGUGAAACCACCGCCAAAGUGCUACGAGAUGAGAUUGACGUCAAGUUCAAGGAUGUGGCAGGCUGUGAGGAGGCGAAGUUGGAGAUCAUGGAGUUUGUUAACUUUCUUAAGAACCCAAAGCAGUACCAGGAUUUGGGUGCCAAGAUUCCAAAGGGGGCUAUUCUGACAGGACCCCCAGGCACAGGAAAGACUUUACUAGCCAAGGCCACUGCAGGGGAGGCCAAUGUCCCCUUCAUCACUGUCAAUGGUUCAGAAUUCUUAGAGAUGUUUGUCGGGGUCGGGCCAGCCAGGGUUCGGGAUCUCUUUGUUUUAGCCCGGAAGAAUGCCCCAUGCAUUCUCUUCAUAGAUGAGAUUGAUGCAGUAGGGCGAAAGAGAGGCAGGGGCAACUUUGGUGGGCAGAGUGAACAAGAGAACACACUCAACCAGUUACUAGUCGAGAUGGAUGGAUUUAACACUGCUACUAAUGUUGUGGUGCUAGCAGGCACCAACAGACCAGACAUUCUAGAUCCAGCUUUGAUGAGGCCCGGUCGGUUUGAUAGACAGAUAUACAUUGGGCCACCAGAUAUCAAAGGUAGAGCCUCUAUAUUUAAAGUACAUUUGAGACCACUGAAGCUGGAUGAAGAUUUGGACAAAGAAGCUCUGGCAAGGAAAAUGGCUGCCUUAACACCUGGUUUUACAGGUGCGGACAUUGCUAACGUGUGCAACGAGGCUGCGCUAAUUGCAGCCCGCCACCUUUCUGAUGCCAUCAACCAAAAACAUUUUGAGCAAGCUAUCGAAAGAGUAAUUGGAGGUCUUGAGAAGAAGACUCAGGUGCUGCAGCCAGAGGAGAAAAAGACGGUGGCUUACCAUGAGGCUGGUCACGCUGUAGCUGGCUGGUUCCUUGAGCAUGCUGACCCCCUGCUUAAAGUGUCCAUCAUCCCGCGUGGGAAGGGAUUAGGCUAUGCCCAGUAUUUGCCUAAAGAGCAGUAUCUAUACACCAAGGAGCAGCUGUUGGACAGGAUGUGUAUGAUGCUGGGUGGGCGUGUCUCAGAGGAGAUCUUUUUUGGCCGCAUUACCACUGGGGCUCAGGAUGACUUGAAGAAGGUGACACAGAGUGCCUAUGCACAGAUUGUGCAGUUUGGCAUGAAUGAAAAGGUGGGGCAGGUGUCAUUUGACCUGCCGCGGCAAGGAGAGAUGGUUCUAGAGAAGCCUUACAGUGAGGCCACAGCAUGCCUCAUUGACUCAGAGGUCCGGAAUCUCAUCACCACAGCUUAUGAACGUACAAAGCAACUCCUGUCUGAGAAGAAGGCUGAUGUGGAGAAGGUGGCACUACGUCUACUGGAGAAGGAGGUGCUGGAUAAGAACGAUAUGGUUGAGCUCCUGGGCCGAAGGCCAUUUGCUGAGAAGUCUACUUAUGAAGAGUUUGUGGAGGGAACGGGGAGCAUGGAAGAGGACACCUCACUGCCGGAGGGCCUGAAGGACUGGAACAAGGAGCGCAGCAACGAGAAGGAGGAGAGCACAGAGGAACAGGUGGCUCGACAAAUCACUGGUGGUAUGCCCUUCUAAGGACACCCUUUUCACCAUGACCCCUUAGGGCCCUGGAGGGUCAGAGCACUUAUUUAUGAGAUGGGAAAUAUUGUUAAUGAUGCUGCCCCAGUCAGCCGCACACUGAGACAAGUACAUAGUUUUUCAGGAGAGGUCUGAUUGGAGGGCUCUUACUCAGCAGUAAGCAUUGGACUUAUAUUGUGAAAUUACAAGGUUCUCCAUUGAUUGUAUAGUAGGGUGUUUAUCAAAUAUAAACAGUCUAAAAUCUUGUAUUUGCAAAAGUGUAUUGUUUUUCAGCAAAGCUGAAAGUAUAAAAUCUAGUUUUUGAAAAGGAUCCAAAAAUCUUCAGUUGAAGGUGAAGUGUUUUUAUGUUACACAUCAGUGCUUUGCUUUAAAUCAGUUAUAAAUCAAGGCAAAAGCACUGAGCUUUCUAGUCAUUUCAAUUUAACCUAUCAAUGACCAAGAAGACGUACAAAUCCUGUAAAUUUGAUUCCUAUUUCAAAAGAUUGAAAUUUCACAAAGACAGUUGUGUGACCUUUUGCAAGGCGCCUGUUUGCAGUGCUGCUUGCUCACUGGCUAUCUGAAAGACUGAAAUGUACCAUCAUGAAUGUUAUGGAUUGUGCACAAAGUCUCCCAUGUUAACUGACAUAUUCUCUUCUCUCACACAUUUGCACUGCUUUGGUUUUUGAUCACAUGCCCUCCGAGUGAAGGGCCAAGCAGUUUUUGAUGCAUUUCUCUCAAUGUGGAUCAUUUAUGGCCCAGGCAACUGCUGGCCACUGUCCACUGACCAGCUCUUAACCUGACUGAUUAAACUAUAGCUUGAUUAAAAAUAGUAAUUUGCAGACUACACAAAUCACUUGGUAAUGAAAUGAGAUGUUCACAAAUCCAGCAGCAGGCAGUAGUUCAUGAUGAUAAUGCUAAUGGAGAUGUGUGAUUUUGAAGGUAUGUGAAUUCAAUAUUUACUCUACAAUACAAAUGCUUUUAUUGUGUCAUACUGCAAGCUUUGGGGUUAAAAACAGAGCACAUCGAUAUAAAAUGCUUGUCCUUUUGUGACUUAAGCAGAUUUUGCUUGAUAUCACAUGUAAAUAUGUAUUUUGUUCUGUGAAGGUUUUGAAUGCAUGAUAAAACCUAAAUAAAUGUACAGAAACUUUGAA